CGUGACCUUUGACACAGUUUCACAAUGGCGGCUCACGGAAAAUUUGUCUUCCGGGUUUUUGCCGGUAAUUUUGUCAGAAAUGCAACGUUUUUAAAGCCGCACACAGCCAGUGCCACGUUACAAACAACUACCAUAGGAAGGAGACAGUUUUCUACCAGUAACACAGGACAGACAGAGUUUGAUGUGGUGAUAGUCGGAGGGGGGAUCGUCGGCUUGGCUGCCGCUCGGGAGCUCAUCCUCAGACACCCUCAGCUUAAGUUCGCAGUCCUUGAGAAAGAGAAGGAGCUAGCCUCCCACCAGAGUGGACACAACAGUGGAGUGAUCCACAGCGGCAUCUACUACACCCCAGGCUCCCUGAAGGCACGGCUCUGUGUGGAGGGGCUGGACCUUGCCUACAAGUACUGCGAUGACAACAACAUUCCAUACAAGAAGACUGGAAAGCUGAUAGUAGCGGUGGAGCAGGAGGAGGUCCCCAGGCUGGAGAAGCUGUACGAGCGAGGUCAGCAGAACGGGGUGAGGGGACUCCGUAUCAUCGGGGCCGACGAGAUCAGGGAGAUGGAGCCACACUGCAGGGGAGUAAAAGCCCUGGACUCUCCCAACACUGGGAUAGUGGACUGGGGCGAGGUCGCAAAGUCCUACGGCAGGAACUUCCAGCAGAGCGGGGGGCAGGUUUUCACUCAGUUUGAGGUAACGGAUUUCAAAACAACCAAGGAGAGCCAAGGGAACAGUGCUGAAGGUCUGAAGUAUCCUGUGACAAUAGUCGGGCAGAACAAUCAAACAGUGCGUGCGAGGUACGUGCUGGCCUGCGGGGGCCUGUACUCAGACAGACUGGCAGAGAAGUCGGGAUGCAGCAGCGUGCCGAAGAUUGUGGGGUUCCGCGGGGACUACCUGCUGCUGAAGCCGGAGAAGUGCCACCUGGUCAAGGGGAACAUCUACCCGGUGCCCAACCCGCGGUUCCCCUGGCUCGGUGUUCACUUCACCCCCCGUACGGACGGCAGCGUGCUGCUCGGUCCGAACGCCGUGUUAGUCUUCAAGAGGGAGGGCUACAGGAUGCUGGAUUUCGAUCUGACCGACACGUUAGAUGCUGUAGCAUUCAAGGGUCUGCGUAAACUGGUGUACAAACACUGGCAGUUCGGUGUGGGGGAGCUGUGGAGAGGUUUCAACAUGGCGGCGCAGGUUAAACAGCUGCAGAGAUACGUGCCUGAACUCAGGGUACAGGAUGUCACCAGGGGCCCGUCGGGUGUGCGUGCCCAGGCGCUGGAUGAGGAGGGGCAGCUGGUGGACGACUUCGUGUUCGACGGCGGAGUUGGGGAGCUCGGCAGCCGGAUGUUACACGUCAGGAACGCCCCAUCUCCUGCCGCCACGUCAUCUCUAGCCAUCGCCAAAAUGAUCGCAGACGAGGUCCAGAACAAGUUUGAGCUUUGAUGCAAUAAUACUAGUAACAAGGAAAGAGCAUGUCGGUAGAACGUACAGCACCUGGGCGAAGCCCCCAUUUUUCAUGGUUUUGAUUGGAUUUUUGGUCAACAUUGCACCAGAAUUUUGCGUGGUGCAGACAAUAUU